CAGGGCCAUGACACGGAGGCUGUUCAGGUGCGCACGUCGGAGGGUGUUGGCUGGAGAAAAGGCCCUGCGGGGAGAGGAGGGCCUGGCUGCCCCGGUGCUGACAGAUGAAGACAAUACCGAUGACGCCCGUCCUGCCGCACACAAGAGGGUUAAGCACUAAACACGCAAAUCCCCCGGGCCUCAGGACCCCUGAGGUGAGAGGCUGGGCUUGGCAGGGAAAGUGCCACUGGCUGACGGGCAGCUGCAGGAGCUCAGGGCUGGGUGGGGAGGGAACCGGCAGAGAGCUGGAGCCAGAUCCCCUGGCCCCCUGCGACUCGCCCCUCCUCGCAGGCCUGCUCAAUGCAUCAUCGCUCGUCCCGAAACACGUCUCCACGGAGCAGGACCCGGAGGGUGUGCAUUGGGCCCCACAGUGCCAGCAUGGAGGGCAGCACCGCCUGCUUGCUCAGGCCUCCGUGGGAAGGUUGCCGGCUGCACAACCCUCUUAUCGCUGGCACCGUGGUGGCACGAGGUGCUUUCCCACCCCCUGCCGGGGCUCACGGCCCUUUCACGGGCAGGAGGGAAUUAACCCAUGCUGUCUGCGUGGUCCAGUCGUGGCUCCAUCACCCCGGGCCAGCUGCUACAGGGACCGGAGACCUGACUCCCACGAAGCUGUCGCGGUGGCCCGAGGCCCACAGCCAGUGGGGGAUGGAGGAACCGGGGAAGCUGCCACUCUUUGCAUCUGCAAGCCAACUCCCCUGAUCCGUCUCUGAUGUAGCAGCCGUCUUGCAAGGCAGCCAGCGUCAUGUCCAGGCCCGCACGGAGAAGGAUCCUUGGCCGAGCCUCUCUCCCCAGGAGGGGCCCAUCAUGCUGGAGGCAAAGGCAGGGGUGCCCCCCGUGCUGACAGCACCUUCCUGAGCCUAUGGUGAGCGGCUUGUAUCUGCUGUGCUUGGGGAGAAGAGGAGAUCACGGCCCCUGUGUCGGGCAGCAGAUGCUGGUGCUUGUGGGAGACAUCCUUCUUCCCUGCCUCCUUCCCAGAGACCCAAGGAGCAAACGUUUUGAGCUGGAAACCCCUCAUUUUGCAGCCAGGGCCAGGCAUGACGGCAGGAGGGGCUCAGCAUGGGGGGCUUCUGGGGCAGGCACAGGACCCCCAAAACCGUCACCCAUUGCAACAGCCUCUCUGGACUUAGCCCUGAUGUGGCCCCGUGCAUCCUCGGAAAGUGCUUUGCAUAUGUUCCCCCAGCGAUAACCCCAUGGGCUGGGCUGAGCUGCUAUCUCCUUCCAGCGAUGGAGAGUCCAGGACACAGAUAAGGCGCAGAACAGGCCAAGGAGCCAUGGCAGAGCCAGGACACGACCCCUGCAGACCCCACUGUGGGGAGAGGAAGAGGACCCCAUGGCAUUGAAGGCUCGUGGGGGCCCCCGAGGCGCCUGGCGACCCGGCCUGGCCAGCUGUCGCUCCGUGCCCAGACACGCAGAGGGAACACCAUGUCAGGCUUGGGGAAUUUCAUCUUUAUGGGGGGGAUUAGUGCCUAAUCCCUCCCUCAUCUGCCCGCUUUGUUAUCAAGAAGGAGAUUGCGGGGCAAGGCCGGCGAAUUACGGCAUCCUCCUCCUGGGAGCCGGGGGGCUGGCACGGCCGUGGUCGAAGCCACAUCCAUGGCAUGCGGGGCUCACACCCCAUAGCUGGAGGUGGUGGGGCACGCUGGAUCAUUAGGGUACCCCCUCAUUGCAGCGAUGAGCACCAUUGCCCAAGCCGAGCUUUGCCGCCAGCCCUGCGAGAGCCUGAGCAGCCAGUGAUGGGGCAGCUCGGUCGAGGCAGGUGCAAUGGUGCCAGGACCAGCCGAGGCUGGGGAUCGUGCUCUCUGCAGAGCUUUAGGCCAAAUGGGGAGGGGAAAGGGCUCUGUCUUCCUGCCGUGCUGCCAAGGUCUGUCCCCUUGGGGUGUCCCGAGGAGAGAGGCUGCCCAGGCUGGCUGCGCCCCCCUCCACCCUCCGUCCCCGGGGCACGGUCUGGGUGGCUGUGGGAGCUCUGCCUUCUCCUGCGCUCUGCCUGACAGAUCAAAGGCAGCAGGAUGAUGAAGCUCCCGAGCAAAACCUCGGUGCUGACGUGUCGGGCAAGGUGUUCUGCUCCGCUUGUGAUCACAGGAACGUCAGCCCCGGCUGGCAGCGAGGCCGGCGUCUCCCUGCCCCCCGCCUGGGCAAGGGGCCGGGGCAGCGCGGUGUUUGCAAGGUCGGCGUUCCUCUCCCUACGGCUGGCUCCGGGCCGUGGCCCACCGGGGCGGGCAGGGGCUGACUCAGCCUCUCCAGGAUGCAGACAAUGGGCACGUCUCGCCCUAUGUGAGCAGCCCAGGGCAUUUUGCCAGGCUGCAGGUCCCGCCAAAGCACGCCUGUGCCCAGCCCCAGGGAGAAGGGAAGAAGGGGCCAGCCUCUGCCAUCACCCCAAGCACUCUCCUUUGUGCUGCAAGCCUGUCUGGCCUGCCCCAGGCCCUGCGAGCAUUGCUCGUGGCUGUUCGGGCGGGGGGACGCCUGGGCACCAGACCGAGACGGCCACCCCUUCGCUUCCCAGCCACCCCUGGAGGGGAGGGGAGCUUCUGGCUGUUGGAAUUUGAAGGGGCGGCCGAGGUCGCACGUCCCCCCGCUGCCUCGGGGCACGGCGCUCCCACCCCGCACGUAGGAGGCUGCUGCGCUCCCUCAUCCCAGGGAUGCUGCGUGCACCUAGGAGGGGAGCUGCCCCCUUUCCUGAGAGCCUGUCAUGGGGAGGUGAAUCUACCACCCUUAGGCUCGGUGUCCCUGAGCCCUGGAUCCCCAAGCGAGACAAAGUCACUUGUGUUUGGAGCCCGCGUGCCCCACAGGCUGCGGCUCAGCGGGUAUUUAUACCUUGGGGGCUACCCGGGCUAUUUUAAACCUCUGCUCAGUAGGGAACCAGCUUUAACGGGAGCAUGUGGCUGCUUCUAGCAGCUCCACUUCACAGCACAGCAGGGAAGGGUUUUCCAUUGACUCCAUUGCAGCCCGAUUGCUGCCAGUGCAGCAGCAGGAUCGUGGCCCUGUCUGGGGAGUGGGACCUACAGGGAGGAGCGGGAGCAAGGCCACGUUACACCAGGGUGUACAUGGGCAUGUGCAUGGCCCCUGGGCUGAUGUGCUAUUUGCAGGCCAGCAGCUCCUUGCAGAGGAUGCCCCGCAGUGCUCCUUGGCUGCCUCUCUCCUUGCAACCCAUCGUACACGUGCAGCGGGUGCAACAGCAGCAGUCUCUGCACCAAACGACCCGUGGUGGUGGCAGGAAUGUCACUUCCCCUCCAUGAGCGAUGCUGGCAGCUGCCCUGUGAUGAGGGAAGGAGAGCAUUUGCUCCAAACUUGGGCCUCCUGGCAGGAUUGGAGGCAGCCGCCGCGCUCCUUGGCCCUCCCAUAAGCUCCAGCCAUGCGGGCCAGGAGAGGAUUUGCCUCCAGAAUGAAUGGGAAGAUGCCUGGUGGUGGACGGGACCCGGAGUGCUAGGCUGGCGCCAGCCCGGGACCAAGGCUUCAGAUGGUGCUGGGACCACCGGCGGGAGCAGUAGCAGCCCCGGGAGGGAUCGUGGCACACGGACUGCCAGCCCCGGCCCCUGCCGUGGUGGGCACGAUGAGGAUUCCUCCCUGGCGAAGGUGCAAAGCGCUGGGCUAGGCCCACCUGCCCACCCGGCUCAGCCAUGGUGCUGCCCGUCACCAGCAGCAACAUGGAGCUGCGGCAGGACGACGGCCUCUGCGUGCACAACGACGUGGGCAGCUGCCGGCUGACGUACGAGGAGUCCCGGAGCCGCCGGAAAUCCAUCCCCCCGGCACAGAUGCCUACGGCCAAGCACAUGCUGGCCUACCUGCCCCGGCCCCCGACCGACACCAGCCGCUACGGCACCUUCCCGCAGAAGCCUGAAGUGAUGGUCGUUCCCACGGGGCUGUCAGAAGAAACCCAGCUGCUGCCGGACCCCACCGCCACCAGGAGAAGUGCCCUGUCGUCCCACUUCCUGCCCCUGCCCUGCAGCCCCAAGGACCGCUCCGUUGCACAAAGGAGGCUCAGCACGAUGGAGCCGAUGGGCACAGAGGCGGCUGCGCCCGCCAAGCACCGCCCCAGCGUCUCCAUCAACACGGAGGACCUGCCCAGAUACCGGCGGGCAUCCCGCAACGAGCCGCAGCCCCUGCUCCGGGACAUCAACACCCGGUGGUACCCCCGGCAUGCCCUCAGCGCGCCCAACAUCCCCAACACGACGCGCAGCAAAACGCCCACCCGCAGCAUCGUCUCCAUCACCACUUCAGACAAGUCCCAGAGCCGGCGCUGCAAGCUCAUCGACGACGACCGCCAGUUCAGCUUGUCCAACAAGCAGCAGCGGCAGCGCUACGUGACCAAGGUGGGCAAGUGCCAGGUGAACCUGGGCCGCAUCCAGGAGAAGAAGAGGUUCCUGUCGGACAUCUUCACCACCAUCGUGGACCUCAAGUACCGCUGGUUCCUCUUCGUCUUCAUGAUGUGCUACAUCAUCACCUGGCUGGUCUUCGGCAUCAUCUAUUUCUUCGACGUCUGGGUCAGAGACGACGUCAACCACAUAGGAGACCCCGAGUGGAAGGCUUGCAUCGAGAACGUGGACAGUUUCCUCUCUGCCUUACUUUUCUCUGUGGAAAGUCAGAGGACCAUCGGCUACGGCUCCCGGAUGGUGACGGCCAAUUGUGCCGAGGGGGUCAUUCUGCUGAUGAUCCAGUCCAUCAUCGGGUCCAUGAUCGACGCCCUCAUGGUGGGCUGCAUGUUUGUCAAGAUCUCCCGGCCCAAGAAGCGUGCCCAGACCUUAAUCUUCAGCAAGCAGUGCGUCAUCUCCCAUCGGGACGAGAAGCUCUGCCUCAUGUUCCGCAUCGGGGACCUCCGGGACAGCCACAUGGUGGACGCCAAGAUCCGGGCCAAGCUGAUCAAGUCCAGGCAGACCAAGGAAGGGGAGUUCAUCCCGCUGGAGCAGUCGGAGCUGAACCUGGGCUACGACACGGGUGAGGACAGGCUCUUCCUGGUCGAGCCGCAGAUCAUCUGCCACAUCAUCAAUGACCACAGCCCCUUCUGGGACAUGUCAGCCGAGUCGCUCAAGAGGGAACAGUUCGAAAUCAUCGUGAUCCUCGAGGGCAUUGUGGAAGCCACGGGGAUGACAUGUCAAGCCCGGACCUCAUACGUGGAGGACGAGAUCCUCUGGGGAUACCGAUUCGAGCCCUGCAUGUCCCUGGAGAAGGGGGCUUUCCGUGUUGACUACAGCCGCUUCGAGAAGACCUUUGAGGUGCAGACCCCAGUGGUCAGUGCCAAGGAGAUGUAUGAAAUGAGGGAGAUGGAGCACCAGGACCGCUCCACCCUGAGCCUCUACUGGGACCACAUGUUGCAGCCCUGCGUUUCCACCGAGCUCAUCGAGGACCUGCCAGGGGAGGGGCCCAGCGAGGAUGUCCUGGCCAGGCUCAACAUCCCCAACAUCAUGGAAGAGAGGAGCUCCGAGCUGCAAGCCCAGGACAUCGGUGUCUGAGCUGCACCCCAACAUGGCACGGCAGGAGGGGCCCCAGCAGGAAGGAACCUGCUGCUUUGCAUCCCCCUGAGCGUGGGGGUGGGCCAGGGAAGGCGGGCUGCUGCCCAGCCAUGAGGUGCCCCAAACCCUUCACCCAGAGGCCGCUCACUCUGGGCUGGAGAGGUCCUUGUGUGUGGCAUGGGCAGCAGGCCGUGGGGAGCCAGUGGAGUGGGAGCCUUGGGGCUCCGAAAGGUUGGUUCAUGGCAUUUCUCAGUCACUGACUUGCAGUGGAGGAAACUCCCUGGCGCCCGGGAGGGUAAUGCCAUGCCCUCUGGCCUCUGCUGCCCAUGCAAAAUGCCCUGGGCUCCCAGCUCGGAGGCUGGUGCAAUGCCAGGGCUAUUGCAGCUCGAGGUGCCCCAGGGAAGGCUGCAGCCAGGGGAACUGCGCUCCACAGCUGCUAGUUCAUCUCUGUCCCUUUCGGACGUUUCACCCUCGGUUCAGGCCAUGCCCUUUGCAUACUGCGGGUGCCUGGCGCUGGUACCCCUGGCCCCGGCCCGGGCACUCCUGUGGAAGUGUCUCGUGCUGACAGUGCCAUAUGGAACUCACUCUCUCUGUGUCAGGUGCCCCUGGCCCUGCCCCUGUAGUCGGUCCUGCCCCUGUCCUCCGUCACCCCCAGCUCCCACACGCAGUCCCGGCUGCAACUCAGAUGAAUUAUUUUUGCAAUGUUCUGCUUUUGUAAUAAGGACACCAGGAAACCAAGCCUCCUACCAGCCAGCAGGUGAUUAAAGCCCCUUAAAAAAUGGA